UCCCGCAGCAGCAUGGCGGCUACCGAGGACGAGCGGCCGGCGGGGAGCGGCGAGGGAGAGCGGCUGGAUUUCCUGCGGGACCGGCACGUGCGGUUCUUCCAGCGCUGCCUCCAGGUCUUGCCCGAGCGUUAUUCUUCGCUCGAGACCAGCAGGUUGACAAUUGCAUUUUUUGCACUCUCCGGGCUGGAUAUGUUGGACUCCUUAGAUGUGGUGAACAAAGAUGAUAUAAUAGAGUGGAUUUACUCCCUCCAGGUCCUUCCCACAGAAGACAGAUCCAAUCUAAAUCGCUGUGGUUUCCGAGGCUCCUCAUACCUGGGUAUUCCAUUCAACCCAUCAAAGAAUCCUGGAACAGCUCAUCCUUACGAUAGUGGCCACAUAGCAAUGACCUACACGGGCCUUUCCUGCUUAGUUAUUCUCGGAGACGACCUGGGCCGGGUAGAUAAGGAAGCGUGCUUAGCCGGCUUGCGGGCCCUCCAGCUGGAGGAUGGAAGUUUCUGCGCAGUCCCUGAAGGCAGUGAAAAUGACAUGCGGUUUGUAUACUGUGCUUCCUGCAUUUGCUAUAUGCUCAACAACUGGUCGGGCAUGGAUGUGAAAAAGGCCAUCAGUUACAUUAGGAGCAGUAUGUCCUAUGACAAUGGGCUGGCACAGGGAGCUGGACUUGAAUCUCAUGGAGGAUCAACUUUUUGUGGCAUCGCAUCCCUGUGUCUGAUGGGUAAACUAGAAGAAGUUUUUUCAGAAAAAGAAUUGAACCGGAUAAAGAGGUGGUGUAUAAUGAGGCAACAAAACGGUUAUCAUGGAAGACCUAAUAAGCCCGUAGACACCUGUUACUCUUUUUGGGUAGGAGCAACUCUAAAGCUUCUGAAAAUUUUUCAGUACACUAACUUUGAGAAAAAUAGAAAUUACAUCUUAUCAACUCAAGAUCGCCUCGUGGGGGGAUUUGCCAAGUGGCCAGAUAGUCAUCCAGAUGCUUUGCAUGCAUACUUUGGGAUCUGUGGCCUGUCACUAAUGGAGGAAAGUGGAAUUUGUAAAGUUCAUCCUGCCCUGAAUGUGAGCACACGGACUUCUGAGCGCCUUCGAGAUCUCCAUCAGAGCUGGAAAACCAAGGACUCUGAACAGUGUUCCGAGAAUGUGCGCGUCUCCCCGUGACUGACGUCCCCUAGCGGGGGAGGGCGGGCGGGGUUGUGGCACACCUGUAGCUCAAGGUGAAAAGCCGUGCAUAACCACGUGGGAUCUUUUUUUAAGAGGUAGAGUCACACAAUCAAAUUGCGUGCUGCUGUCACUUUGGAAUAUGGUCUUGAGCCAGUGAACUUUGUCCUGGGUUUCAAGGAAAGCUUUGUGGACGUUUGAACCACAGUGGACUCUGUUGUGGUUCUUAAAUGUUUAUACUGAAUUUCUAAGAAGUUCUUCGGGCAAAUUAACUCUAUGGACGUAGGUUGUCUUUUUAAAAAAACUCUUCAGUACGGACUGUCUCAUACUGUAAAAUGGACACAGAUCUGGAGAUCAAGUUUACAGCUCACCAAGCACUGAUACUCUGCGGGGAACACUUCGUGAUCAUUUAAAACGCUUGACAGCUGAUGGUAGGAGACUGCUUUAAUGAAUUAAGUCUCGAGGAUUCUUUGAAAACAAAUGAUUCCGUAAUUUUUAAAAAGAAAAAUGACUUAUUUUGUCUUAUUAAGGAAAGUGUGCCAGUUAAACUUAUGUGGCCUAUGUAAAUGAAAUUAACUUCAUAGCAAGGAUGAAUAGGCUUAACUAAUACAGGAAUUUUCUAAGUGGACAUUGAUUUAAGAGGACUAUUAUGUAACUGAGGGGAAAAAUAAUUUAACUACGUGUGAAUGAGAAGGCUUUGUGCUGUGUGCGCCACUUACUUAGAUGUUGCUGGGUGAGUAACCGUUACGUUUGAUUUUAAGUUCAUUGGUUGCUUCUUUCUGGGGAGAAAACAGUCAUGUAGAAGGAAAGACAUUUAAGUGGUUUUGUUUAUUUUUCUGAACUAUGUGAUGUAAAUUGUACUUUUAUAACAGAGUUAUUUUUAACCAUU